AUCCCAACGUUAAAAUUUAUGUUGCAAUCGCGAAAUAAAUGUUAUUUAAAUUUUGAUUAGGACUCGAGAUUAAAAACUCUUCGUUAAUAUUCGACACACUUUGGAAUUUUUAUCGAAGUAUUCAUUCCAGAUUGAUUACUGGAGAAGUCCAUAGAGAUUUAUAUAAAAGCUCGCGCUGUGCCAAUGAAAUUACACGAUCGCAAAAGCUUUACCGAUUUUCUAAACAAUCUCCAAUAUCUACAAAUCCACGGUUUUUAAUAAAGCGUCGCUUGUCUUGAAAUUGUGCACCGAAGAACUAAAAGUUUAAAAACGAAUUGUUUUACUUCGCUCCCUUUUCGUCGUUGAACAACGAAGAGAAAAAGUCGAGGUAAAAAUCGAGGGAAAUUUCGAGUCCACGAAAAAGUCGAUCAAACAUUGCGUUUUCUAUCUUUUUAAUCGUGUGGCAUUUUAUAAAAAGUAUUGGAGAUCGCUUCUUUUUAAUUCCUUCAGAUUGUGUUAUAGACAUUAUCAAAGGUUGCUUCACAGUAAAUAAAUAACCAUUAUUCAACGCGUUGAAGAGUUCUCUUUGUCAAACGAAUCUAGUGUAAUCGAAUUUGGCAUAAUUUAAUCCGAUACGAUUUCAUUGGAUGUAAUCCAGCCCGCAUGUAGCUUACCGGAUAGAUUUCACUAACAACUAAUGUCUCGAAUAUUAAUACAAAAACAUUCUUCUUUGUAAAUAUUCGUGUAGCGUAUUUGAAAAUGUAACGUAGGUUCAAUCAUUUUUAAUAAAUCGCGUUGGAGAGAGCCAAAGACUGUUAUGGAGAAAGGCAGACCACGUACACGUACCGUUAUUUCGUGCAGACAUCCAUUUUUCUCAUUUUCUUUCAUUUAGCCUUUUAAUUCUAUCUUCGACCAACAUUUUUCACCCGGCGAUUCCAAUUUUCAAAGUGCAUCUUUUGAAACGCGAAUAACAUCUUUGAUCGCUCCCUACAUCAAACGCUACAGAUUACUCUGUACAUCUUUUAUUGCCAGAGCGUAUCUUUGAACGCAACAAUUUUCUCCGGUUAUUACGAAACGCUACAGAUCUCUGUCCGUACCUCUCAGCCAGCAUUACCGAUUAUCGUUUUCAACUUUAAAGCGUAAAGACGCGAUCAAGUAUCGGAUCAUUGGCUGAAUACCGUACGGAUCAUACGAGAGGACGUCAUGUUCGCGAUUACGUCAACGUUAAACCCAAACACGAGAUGUCUGCAAGAGACGUCGGCAUCUCGUGACAGACGAUCCGUCUCACCGACGGUGUGGAUGAAUCUGACCCACUACGGUUACAGAAACCGUAGUUUCGAACCCGGUAUAGACUUGGAGGAGAAGCCGAUAGAGGCUUGUCACUCUCUCUACUUCCUCCUGGACUUUUUCCACCAGUACUACAUUCCUUCGAUCAUCCUGCUGGGUCUGGUGGGCAAUCUGCUCUCUUGCGUGGUGUUUCUGAACACCCACCUCAAAGUACGGAGCUCCAGCUACUAUUUGGCCGCGUUGGCCACCGCAGACUUCGGGUUUCUCGUCACCCUGUUGCUCGUUUGGUUGAACAACACUUUGGGCUGGAAGGUGUUCAACAAAGACGGCUGGUGCGAGACGCUGGUCUACGUGAGCGCCGUUUGCAGCUCCUUGAGCGUCUGGUUGAUCGUCGCCUUCACCGUCGAACGAUUCAUAGCUGUUCAGUAUCCCCUUCAUCGACCGCACAUAUGCACCAUAGCCAGGGCUAAAACGAUCGUGUUGGUAUUGGUGAUCGUUGCCCUGACCGGUCAUUCCUACUCGUUCGUCACCGCCGGAGUGGUGUCGACCAAAGAGGGAGAAGAGUAUUGCGAACUGAAAGACGAAUAUCUGGAGGCGAUGAAGAUCAUCAGCAUCAUAGACAGCUUCGCGAGUCUGAUCGCCCCGUUGGUGAUGAUCAUCGUGAUGAACACCAUGAUUAUGAGGAACUUGCUGAUGUUCAGCAGGAGGUUCAAGCAGACGUCUAGCAGUUUGACAGGCAGCCCGAACAGAGAACGAUCCGACAUCAACUUGAAUCAAAUUCCGAGUGGAAGCAGCAGUAACCACGGAGCCGGUGGUAUCAAUCUUGGAUCAAUGGUCGGAACCCGAAGGCCGCCAUCUCAACAAUCUUUUCACUCGUCGAAGAAUAAUCAUUCCCAUCUUUCCCGGCAACAAACCACGUCUGCACCGCCAUCCACGCCACGAAUCGCUUGCCAGCAACCUGAAAUAGCAGCUCGCUGCAUACACAUCAGAUCGUCGUCAAGGAAUCUCGUAUCAACGAGAAAUCAGCAGAGCAUCACACAGAUGCUGCUUUUGAUAAGCACCGUUUUCAUCCUGCUUAAUUCACCGAGCUACGCGAUCCGUCUGUGCGUCUUUUUUUUCACGUUGGCCCAUAAAAACACGCCCGACCUGCUCUGGUGUUUGCAGCAGUUCUUCAUGCUGCUUUAUUACACCAACUUCAGCAUCAACUUUCUAUUGUACGCGAUGUGCGGGAUUACGUUUCGGCGUUGCCUGCAACAAUUGUUGCGCAAACUGCUCAAAAGCAUGACCAGGUACCAUUGCAACCCGCAACGAUACAUAUAAGCGUGUUUCUUAUUGACAAUCGAAUGAGAAUCACGGAUAUCGUUGUCACCGAACUUCGAUCGAAGAACGCGAUUCGUGGUGGCAAACGUAACGACGAAUAAAUUGCGUCUUGGAUACGAAAUUACCUCGAUGAAAACAGGGUUCUUUAGCACCGUAAACUAUCAAUGAAAGAAUAUUUAAUAGUUUCGAUUCGACGGUUCUGUUACGAACAAAUAUAUUGGAUAAAAGAAACGAGUUAGAAGUGAAAUAACUUUUACGCAGCUUGCGAAUGACAAGAAAAGUUUGAAACGAAGAAAAUUGAAGGAAGUACCGGCGCAAUUAAAACGUACAAAUUAAUGGAGGAUUCAAUUGUUUAACUGCUCGUGAAUCCGAGUCAAUUUUCCAUUUUAUAGGAGUUGGACGACACUCGUAAAAUCGAUCUCAAUGUACGACAGACUUUCGUUAUAUUGCCCAAUCAACGAGUACAUGAACUUUGA